AUGGAAGAACAGGAACGAAGGAUCCAAGCAGCCAUCUCAGAUGUUAAACAGGGCAAAUUCUCUUCGGUACGCGAGGCAGCUAGGAAAUAUGGAGUGCCGUCAACAACCUUACGCAACAGGAUGAACGGGGUUACCUUUCGGCCAAAAAAAUGGGCGAACUGUCACCGAAUGACCCAGGAAGAAGAGGAUGCGCUGGUACAAUGGACAUUAUCAGCGAUUGAACGAAAUCAAACUGCCCCCUCGCGGGCGCAGGUCGAAGCAAUGGCCAACACCAUUCUUGCUAAGCGAGGCACUCCAAUUAAUGAGACCGUUGGUGGAACUUGGGUGUACAUGUUCCUCAAACGACGAGUAGAAUUGAAAGAGAUCUACUCUCGACGAAGCUAUUCUCGCCUGGUCUAUGAUACAGUUGUUGGGAGUGCUAAUGCAGAAAAUGGAUCGCCAUCGGCUAAUCCAGACUCUGAAACAGGCCAGCCUGGCCCUCAACGCCUCGCUCUUCCGCCACCUAGAGGUCACUCAACUCACCCGUAUUUGGAAGCAACUGAAAACCUAAAGCGAUUGGAAACGCUGCUUUCUACGUUCAAAGAAUUGGAGACAGAACAAAGUGAGGCAGGGAGCUCUUCUACGCAGACUGCGGUAGAUAAGCUCAUCAAGGGGUGCGAAAUGAUUGUGGAGAGUGGUUAUAGUCUUCUCAAAGAGAACAGAGACUUACGGGCUGCUCUUGCAGAGAAGAGUUAA